AUGAGUGAGCUAACUACUGUGAUUCAAUCAGCUGAUAAAACGCAAUACCACUUGUCCCCCUCAAAAAUCCGGUUCCAUGGAGCGAGACCACUUAUCGACAUAGCUGGGCAGAGUCAAUACCGAAAGAAAUGGAUACAUUUCUUCGAAGGAGUUCACGCGAUUCUGUUUCUUGCAUCUUUAUCUGACUACUGUGAGGUCAGCCAGGAAAAAGAUGGAAAUACUAUGUGGGAAACGAAGGGCCAAGAAGCCUGA